AUGACUUCAAAUAAACGCGUGCGCACUCAAGAGGGGCAAGAAGUCACGGGGAAUAAGCACCAAAAAAUCCAUAAUAAUGAAUAUUCUAAACGCUAUCGAGAAAAAAAGAAGCAAGAAUUCAUCGAUUUGCAGAACAAAUUAGAGUCUCGUGAUGAAGAAAUUCGACGGCUAACUGAAAACAUACAAAAAUUGGAAAAAGAAAAAGAAUCACGUGAUGAAGAAAUCCAGCAAUUAAUUAUGGAAAAAAUUUCUAUGCGUGAUAAAAUACAGAUUUUAAAAGAAGAAAAAGAAUCAUAUAAUGAAGAAAUUCAGCGAUUGAUUAUGGAGAAGACUUCUAUGUGCGAUAAAAUACAGAACUUGGAAAAAGAAAAAGAAUCACUUGAUUCAAAAUGGAUGACGAAAAUUUGUGAAGCUUUUACUGCUAAUGAAAACACACCACUUGAGCUUAAUCAAAUUCCAUUAUCUCCUAUUUCUCCACCAAAUCAAGAGAUUAAUAUUUCAUUAUCUAGCCAAAAAUCAAAUAAUUCACCUCAUAAUACUAUCAAUGAAAACACACCUCUUUCACCUGAUCAAAAUACAGAUACAGCUUAUACAAAUACACAUUUUACAAAUCCAUUAUCACUUGCUUCUCCAUCAAAUCAAGAGAUUAAUAUUUUGUUAUCUAAUGAAGAAUCAAAUAAUUCAUCUCCGCUUGAUCAAAAUCCAAAUAAUUCAUCUUUUCCUGCUUUAUAUUUAAUUGAUCCAUCUUUUUUCAACUUAUUCACCUAA